AUGUUGCGUAAUGGAAAAUAUUAUUUAAUACGACAAGCGAUCCCAAUCUUCUCGUCCCUUAAACUGGCAAGUCCCUUCAAUUUCUAUCAAAAUAGUGCAGAUUACUCAGUUGAUCAGAUACACUUCUGCUACGCUGGGUUGGCUCAAUAUAACAAGAAUUCCACAAUUUUUAACGGCGUUCUACUAAUGCGUAUAGCUGAUUUGAAA